CUCAAUGACAGUUCGCGAUAAACAAUCCAAAAAAUAAGCUCGAUCAGCUCUAUCCACAAAUCGCAAAAAGUGAACUGUUACAACACCAUAGAUAAUAAAAAUUAAAUUAAAAGGAUUGAACAGACAUACUACUCACAAGGGUCAAAAACUUCGACGGCAUCGGAAUUAGUCGUUUGUUCAUCAGAUAGAAAUUGCACCUCAUCUCAUCGAUCGACGGAUACUUUCACGGUUCAACUGAAACCUGAUUCGGAAACCAAAAGCAACAGUUAUUCCGAUGCGCAAAUAUCAAACUUCUACUAGCAAACGGAUCACACUUGCCGGAAGAGUUCUCGCCACGACUGCAACUCGCUAAAAUGAGCUCUCUACGUCCUUUGGAUUUACAUCGGUGUCUAACUUAUACAUCUCCCCUGAGGAAGAAUCCCGUCGAGAGGAGGUUUACCUGGAGCCGACCGACUUCCUUUAUGUGAGCGAAUUUUCCUAGUCCUUGUUCCGUCUAAAAGAGAAUGACUAGUUGAAUGCGGUACGGGACCACCCGACACGACGUACGAUUUUUCCAGCGAUGUCGCUGCCCGGGAAACCAAUUUUUACGUUGCACCCCGUUUGUUUUUAACUGGAGCGAAUCGCAGAAGGCAAGAUGUAAAUUCGGGCAUCACUUCGACAGGUCAACCUUCAGAAGUAAUCGAUCAGAAAGAUGUAUUUAUUAUCUAUGUUUUGAACAAUUGCUGGCCUGGCGAUAAAAGCGGAUGUUGUCAUUGGUCAUUGUCAUACAGGAAGUAUUUCACAUAUACUUCAGAGUAAUGUAUAACGGAAGGGAGCAUCCGGAGAUCCUUCUGCAUUAGUGAGAAAGUCAUCUUGGCGGCUUUGAAGCGCCAUCGAAUGCUGAAGCUUUUCGUAGGAUACUCUGUACACUGGAUUUUUACUGGGGAAGAAUAUUUGGUCGAACUAGUCUAUGACGGACCAGGAGCGUUCCGGUGCUACUUAGAUGUUACCCUCGCCCGCACCACCACUGGAGUCCGCGUCUUUGGUGCCAUGAAGGAUGCCGACGAUGGUGGCAUCAACAUCCCGCACUCCGCCAAGCGUUUCCCAGGAUACAUCGCUGAAGUUCACCACGCUCAUAACUUCGGGCAACACGUCGCCGACUAUAUGCGCACCCUGGAGGAAGAGGGUGAGGAGACGUACAAGCGCCAAUUCAGCAAAUCAUUGGCCUCGGAAUCAAGCGGCUUUGAAGCGCCACCAAAUGCUGAAGCUUUUCGUACCGCUUCAUUCCGGCUAAGGUAAUCCGGCAGGAUAUAAGUUACCGAUGAUUCUUUGUGGAAUUGGUCGGUGGAUGAGUAACUUGGAGGAAAGUGAUGACAUGCAUCCAUAGCGUUUACAAAUUAACCAAUGUCAACUUGGGCAAUAUGCGGAAACUUCUGGAAUGAUGAUCCAGCGUCCGAUGAGAAAACAAGGAAUUGUAUCGACGACACAGACUU